AGUCAAGUCGGUCUUGUGCGCAAUAGAAAGACAGCGGAAGAGCGGAGGCGUUGCUUGAGGAGCUUCAGUGUCAACAACUCGCUAAAAGCCGUAUUGUCCAACGUAUCGACGACGUGUCGUCGCCGUCGCCUUGUCUACGUCCGUCAUGGGAGAGAAGAGGAGCGAGCAGAGCGGACACAAAGUCAGUCUCGUCUUACAGACGGCACGAGCAUCAGAGGAGGAAGUCCAGUCAAGGGUAUACACACGAUGGCUCAACUCGAAGUUGUCACAGGCAAAACCUCCCGUUGAGAUCAGGCAUUUCGGUUCUGAUUUGAAGAGUGGAAGAGUUCUGCUGACGCUCAUUGAAGUUCUAACAGGAAAGACACAGCUUCCCGAGAGAGGAAACUUAGAGUUUCAUCAUCGUGGAAAUGUUGAGAAGGCUUUGGAGUUCUUCCGCAAGGAUGGUGUUCGGUUUGAUGUUGCGAAUAUCAGCAGUCGGGACAUUGUAGCUGGCAGUUUGAAAACGACUCUUAUACUUGUAGAGGCUGUUGUGAUGCGAUAUCAGGUAAUUGAUGCCAGCGUAAGGCAACAUCAGGUUAGAGAGGUCGUUUUUCAGUGGGCAAGACACAGUUGUCACGGAUAUGAGGGAGUUCGUGUGACUAACUUGUCGUCGUCGUUCUCUGAUGGUCUUGCUCUGUGUGCCAUCAUUCAUCGUUACAGGCCUCAACUACUGGAUUUUGCUGCUGCUGUAGAACUCAAUCAAAGGAAGCGAGUUGAGCUUGCAGUACAGACGGCCGAUAGAGAACUACGAGUCCCACCUAUCAUCACUGGACAAGGUAAACGUAGUUCAACAUUUUCGUUGACGUAACAGACAGAAGUUUGUUGUUGUAUGAAUUUGUGUAUGGAUUUU